AUGCCAGCAGAUGAGGUACAAGAAACUCCACAGGAAGAACUAGUUCAGAUACAACCAGACAUGGAAGAAAUAGUUCAGCAACAACAGCUAGAAGAGCCUGAAGGAAACGAACAAGUCCCUCCUUUGGAAACUAACCUCACAGAACUAGAUGAAGAUUUGGAACAGCCGAAAAUUCUUGACCCUCAACAAGAGUAUGCGGAGAAUAUGGAAUCUUUCCAAGAGUCUAAGAAAAAUUCGGCUGACAUAGUAGAAGAAUAUCGAAAAAUGUUCACCAACAUACAAAAGACUCCAACAUCAGAUGAAAAUAUCCAGCAUAGAAUGGAAGAACUGAAAGAAAAUGUACACAAAUACAACAACCCUUUUUACUUACGAGCAUUUAACGUUCAAUCUUCGGAUGAACUCGGUGAAAAUAAAAGGUUAAAUUUCAAGAAAACAUAUAGAAAUGAAACAUUGUUUAAAGUUCAUUCAGAACCUAACCAAGAUGGAAACAAACCUACUUUUGUUUCUGCAGACGAUGGAACUACAAUGAGAUGGGGUCAUAAAGCUAACCCGGAUAGGUGGUUCAUAAACUUACAACCACAAUUCCAAGAAGUUGUAGACGCAAUGGAAGUCAAUGGUGAACCAGAUAUAGCUGGUAUUUUCAGCGCGGCUUUAAUGCCAUUGAAAGAUAUGAAAGAUGCAGAUAUUUUGGACCAGUAUGAAAUGAACAUGGCUGAUGGAAAUAUAACACCUGACGUUCUAAAACAUUUAUCUCAAAGAACUACACAGAACCAUAGAGAUGGUAUAUUUGGUGAAGAGUUUAGAAAGAAAGUUAGGGAGGGAGAAGGAAGAGAACCUAUUGUACAUGACCUUGCAAAUGAAAGUUUACAAAAUGUCAUAAAAACUUACUUUGCAGACAAUGAACCGAGAAGGGAUGAAUAUUUAAGAAAACUCAAAUGGACAGUACCAAAUGAAAU